AUGGUUCUUCAGGAUCUAGGCCGUCGCAUUAAUGCGGCCGUCUCCGAUCUAACGAGAGCACCUAAUCUUGAUGAAAAGGCCUUUGAUUCUAUGUUGAAGGAGAUAUGCGCCGCUCUUUUAGAAGCCGACGUCAACGUGCGCCUUGUUGGUCAGCUGCGCAAGUCCAUCCGAUCGACCGUCAACUUCAAAGAGCUGCCACCCGCCGUGAACAAGAAGCGCCUGAUUCAAAAAGCAGUCUUCGACGAACUCGUCCGCCUUGUCGAUCCCCAUGCCGAACCAUUCAAACCGAAGAAGGGAAAGACCAACGUCAUCAUGUUUGUUGGUCUGCAAGGUGCCGGAAAGACAACGACGUGUACAAAGCUGGCGCGACACUACCAGAGCAGAGGCUUCAGGGCUUGUCUCGUAUGUGCGGAUACUUUCCGUGCUGGUGCGUUUGAUCAGCUGAAACAAAAUGCAACGAAAGCGAAGAUUCCGUAUUACGGGAGCUUGACGGAGACUGAUCCCGCUGUCGUGGCGAGGGAGGGUGUGGAGAAGUUCAAGAAGGAGCGGUUCGAAGUCAUUAUCGUCGAUACCUCCGGUCGACACAGGCAAGAGGCGGCUCUCUUCCAGGAGAUGGUGGACAUUCAGUCAGCGAUCCGGCCGGACGAAACAAUUAUGGUGCUUGAUGCGUCAAUCGGCCAGCAAGCUGAGGCGCAAGCAAAGGCAUUCAAGGAGGCUGCAGACUUCGGAGCCAUCAUCAUCACCAAAACGGAUGGUCAUGCCAGCGGAGGUGGAGCUAUAUCAGCUGUCGCGGCAACACAUACACCCAUUGUCUUUAUCGGUACUGGAGAGCACAUGCUGGACUUGGAGCGCUUUGCACCAAACCAAUUUAUCUCAAAGUUGCUGGGAAUGGGCGACAUGGCUGGCCUCGUUGAGCACGUCCAGUCACUGAAGCUGGAUCAAAAGGACACAAUCAAGCACAUUGCCGAGGGUGUCUUUACGAUCCGAGAUCUUCGGGACCAGCUCUCAAAUAUUAUGAAGAUGGGACCGCUUUCGAAGAUGGCCGGUAUGAUCCCUGGCAUGAGCAACAUGAUGCAGGGCAUGGACGACGAGGAGGGAUCUGCCAAGCUCAAGCGCAUGAUCUACAUUUGUGAUUCGAUGACGGACAAGGAACUUGAUUCCGACGGAAAGAUGUUCGUUGACCAGCCCACACGCAUGACUAGAGUAGCUAGGGGGUCAGGCACCACUGUUCGGGAAGUUGAAGAUCUCCUCACACAGCAGCGAAUGAUGGCUGGUAUGGCGAAGAAGAUGGGCGGAAACAUGAAGAACAUGCAGAGAGCGCAAGCGAGCAUGGCAGGUGGCAACAAGGCACAGCAGCUCGCCGCAAUGCAGAAACGACUACAAAGUAUGGGCGGCCCUGGAGGCGCUGGUGGCAUGCCGGAUCUCAACAGCAUGAUGAAGAUGCUAGGUGGCGGUGGUGGGAUGCCGGGCGGUAUGGACAUGCAGGCAAUGAUGCGCCAAAUGGGCAUGGGUGGCAUGAUGGGCGUGCAGGGUGGUCGUGGAGGACCUCGUCGGUAA